GUCAAGGUGGAGGAUGGGAGCAGAAUGGAACUGUCCCAGCUCCUCAAUGAGAUCAGGGCAAACUAUGAAAUGCUCAUCACCAGAAAUCAGAUAGAGACCGUCCUCUCAACAAGAACCCAGCUAGAAGAAGCUACAAGUGAAAGGAUGGAUAAAGAUGAAGCAGCUUUAAAGGCAGCCAGAGCAGAGCUCACUGAAGCCAGGCGACAAUGGCAUCAUAUGCAAAUUGAAAUUGAAUCUCUCCAGGCUGUGGAAAGAGGUUUGGAAAGUUGUCUGCAUGCCACAGAGCAGCAGUACCAGAUGCAACUGCAGAAUUUACAAGCUGAGAUUGAAGGUUUAGAGAAGGAGCUAGAGCAAGUGAGGAGAGGUAUUGAGAAACAACUUCAAGAGCAUGAAAUACUACUGAACACUAAGAUGAGGCUGGAGCAGGAGAUAGCAACGUAUCGCAGUUUGCUGGAGAAAGAGGAAAACAGGUUUCAUUGUUCUACACAUGAUAGAAAAGAUGACAGAAAACCUACCACCAGCAAGACAGCUUCUAUCCCACUUUCAACUGGUGCCGUAAAGAAGCAUGAAGAUGAAAAGGUGGAAAACCUGACAAAGCAAGCAAUCUUAAAUGGAAGCAUUGUGAAGGAAAGUGCUGAAGCUCAUGGCACUAUACAGACAGAAAAAGUGGAUGAAGUUAUUAAAGAAUGGGAAGGAUCUUUCUUUAAGGACAAUCCUCAUUUAAGGAAAAAGUCUGUUUCUUUGCGCUUUGAUCUCCACCUAGCAGCAACAGAUGAUGGAUGUUUACAGACUAAACAAAAUAACCUACCUGACAUUGAAGUCAGGCUGGUAAUGAGGAGGUCUUGCAGUAUUCCAUCUAUCAAACCUUAACCUGCAGCAAACUAACUCAAGGGUCAUUUAUG